UGAUGACCACAAGUCAACAUGGCGGACGAAGAGAGAGUUUUUCGAAUGUUCGUGAUCGAUGCUUUUACAAGUAAGCCUUUUUGUGGAAAUCCAGCCGCAGUUUGCCUCGUGGGAUCAAAAGUGAGUUAUCUUUAGUCAUGUUCAGAAUUCACUUUGUAAGCCGGGUUGGCUUGUUUAAAAUCUCGCGAUAACGUGAUCGAUAACGUAAGGCGCGGCGUGAAAGGGUCAUGAGUUCAAAUUGGAUGGGAAAGAAAAUUGUGAGUUUUGCUCUACCUUUUGCUCUACCUACUAGUAAAUUAGUCAUGCACAUGAUCCUCAAUGUACUAUUUUAAUAGAUCUUAAUGAUUCCCUUGUGCAGCAACUAGAUGAUGAAAUAUUACAAAAGAUUGCCAAAGAAAUGAACUUGUCCGAAACGGCCUUCGUCCUGGAGAAAAAUGACCAAGAUACAUACGACAAAGGUCAGAACAUUUCUGCAAGUGUGUUUUUUAAAACCCAUUUAUCUCUGAGAUCAAGAUACAAAUUCUCCAUACAUGUUGUUCUUUUUUUUCAAUUAGCCUUCAACUAGAGGCAUAGUGGGAAUGGCUGUCAGGGACAAACGCAGAGAUGUCAACGUCUAGAGAUCUAAACUCUAGAGCCUCUCUCUGCUGCAUUCCUCCCUUUCCUUGUGGAAGAUUUGAAUGACCAAAGCCCCCACCCAUUACAUACAUGCAGGUGGUGGUGGAGGAGGGGGGGUUGCUGCAGGGGGGAGCCAUAGCCCCCCAAACGAAAAUUUGGGGUGCCAGAGCCCCCUUACAUUUUGGUGCCCAAAAACACUUUUACGGAUGUAUAAUUUGACAUUACCUGUGACAUAGGUGACUUCAGAGUGCACAUUUUCUGCCCUCAGACAGCUCAAGAACUACCUACAUGUAAGAAGCACCAUGAAGCAGGACCUCCUAAACAAGCUUUAACAACUGCCUGUGGAUGCAUUGUCAUUGUGAAGAUUGGAAAUAUAAUUGCUUUUGCCAACUAAAAAAGCCAAGGGUAUUUUGGCGCAUACGCAUAGCUGAGUGGAACAUGAGCCCAACCCCCUCCGCCACGUUUCAAAAUACUCUGCUGGCUCUGCAAUAAACGCACAAAUUGACCGAUUCCACAAGUUAUAGCAUGGGUGUGGCUUAUAAUAUUGUAUGAAGUCUUACACAAACUACAUACCAUCAAAAUUUGUUUUGGAAAAAUAACCUCUAUCACUGAUGAAACAAGUGUAAAAAUGUCCCAAAAACUGACUUUGAAUCAAAGAAUGUUUUGAAUUUUAGGGGGAAAUAAAUGGGCUAAAUUCCAAACUAAGGCACAGAAAAGUUCAGACGUCAAUGUUGACCAGGAGAUUUGUGCUAUAUCUAGGAGACUCCCUGAUAAUCCGGGAGAUUUUCCGUACAUGUAAACUUCAGGUAAUGCAUAAUUUUGGUAACUGAAUGCAUAUAAUGAUGGUACAAUUUUUGUUCAGGUUCUUGUUUUGGUCUGCGCUGGUUCACUCCAACAUGUGAAGUUCCACUGUGUGGACAUGCAACACUGGCAUCAGCUGCAGUUUUGUUCAAUGUUUUGGGUGAGUAUAUGUUAAAUUAAAUCCAGUCCCUGAAAAAAGCACAACUUCCCCCUAAAAUAAAUGCAAUUGACACCAGGCCCCAGUCGUUCAAAUGUUGGAUGCUGCUAUCCACGGCAUAAAUCACUAUCUAGCAGAAGUAUUAGGGAAACCUGGAACACUGUAUAUUGAAUGGAUAGAGAUUUAUCCAGUGGAUAGGAUAGCAUUAUCCUCUUUCGAACAACUUGGCCCAGGUCGUGUUCUUGUAAAUAAAGCUACCAUUUCCUUAACCACCGAUUAAAAUGUUACUUUCUCAGUCUUUUCUAGUUUUUUUUUUUUUUUGCAUUUGGCUUUGCAUUUGCAGAGUAUCCUUACUAGCACUUUGUCAACACUUGCAAACAAUGUGACUUUUAAUUUUUUUAAACUGGGAGAAAUGCUGUUUCCAUUUCAUGUUUUUCAUUUAGGUAACACCAAUACAGAAAUAACAUUUGAAACUUUGAGUGGAAAUCUAAUGGCCAGAAAACAAGGUAAGUCUGAAAGGUAAAUGCACCAAACAUUACGCCAUGUUCACUAAAGCUGAUGUGAUAUUCUUUUUUGUUUUCUUUCUAGGUUCAUCAAUACGCAUGGAUCUUCCAUUAAAUCCUUCAGAACCACUUUCUGAGGUAAACUGAUAUAACUCAAAUUUGGAUCUCCAUAAAUUGUUUUUUAAUUUAUUUAUUUCACGUGAACUGAAAAAAAUGUUAAAUAGCAAAAAGGGGGUACAUCGUCUUGUAGUAGACCAUGAGUAGUCCCCCAUUUGUCCUCAGGGAUAGUAGAGCGAGCGAAACCCGAGCGGGCGUGAAAAUCACCCAAUGCGAGACAAAGCGACAUGCCUCGCGUCUCGCCUUUCUCACGUGGGGUGAUUUUCACGCGCGCUCGCGUUUCGCUCGCUCUACUAUCCAUGGGGAAAAAUGGGGGACUACUCUUAGUCUAUCUUGUAGAAACACAAAUUUGCGUGUGUCGAACAAAUUCAUAAUGAUACAGUUUCGGAUAAAUCCAGUUCGUUUCUGUUUUGCCACUUUCAAGCAAUGUUGUCAAAAGGCUGCGCAAUUUACUUUGCUGCUUAUACGUGAUCAGUAUCAUAAUUGGUUCUUUCUUGGGCGUGACAGGUAGGGCACUUAUUGUUAGGAGCGCUUACAUCGUAGUUUUUAGUUUUAGGAGGGGUGCUUAUCGGAAGCUGGGUACACUUACUGUACUUAAUAGUUACAAUAACUAAGUCAAUUACAAGCUGCCGAGUCACUAAAACAGAUACCUUUCUUGUUCUUUUAAACUGGGGUGUUAAGGAGCCUUCUUGCGCACGUGUCUUGUGGUCUAUGCUCCACUGACGAUUGCAUUUGCUCGCCUGGGAAACGUGGAAGAACAACGCCUCCUCUGCACGCUAGGUUUGGGGAGAUGAACGUACAUCCAUAACCGUAACUUCGCCGUAACACUGAUAACUCCAAUGCCGUAAUGCCGUAAAUUCCGGGGAGAUUACUUUAAGCUGCUUUAAGGGCCGGAAUGAAAUCAGGAAGAAAGAACGGCCCGCAUCAUGGGAGACUCCAUAAGACCGGUUACCGCAAACUCUACCAUAUGUCACUCAAGUGAUACUUUGCCCCUUGGGCUGCCUGUGCAGACUAGAAUAAUCUGCUAGAGCACUUAUGGCGAAGAAACAUGGUAAACACAAACACCUCUCAAAAAUCUGAAACGUGGUAAUGUACAGCAGAAGUUUCUAGAAUAUGACGCAAAAAUUGAGCAAUCGAUGCGUACCAGUAAUAAAGGGUAUACCGUUUCUGUUUUCUUCUUUAAUAGGAGGACCAAACCAUCUCAAGAUUGAUUAGAACAGGUAUUCGUCAUCAGUCAUAAAUUGGACAUUUUAAGGUCGAGUGUCAGACUGGGUUGGUGUUGUGUCGAACAGUACUAUGGGAAUGCUUUGGGGAUUCUAUUUCUUUAUUUAUUGGCUCGGUUACGAGGUUUCGCGGGAAACUGUGACAGAAUUCUCUCUCCCCCCCCCCCCUCCGGCUUAAACAGUCCCGCAACACUGAACCGGUGUUAACCCAGGUAUUAAGCAAAUCUUUUAUACAUGGCACGGUCUCUUAAUCAUGUUGUACAAGGCAGUUCUAACUUUUGCGUCUGUAAACGUAGUUCUAAAAUGUGACCAUGCAGUUUAAAUCUUUUGCUGCGACCGUUAAACUAAAAUCGUUGGAGUUCCACUGUCCUGUCAGUGAUACUAGGGAGCUUAGGCAGCAAAGGCGGCGACGGCUACGAAAACGCCACUUAAAACGUGAAUUCUCACGGCGUUAAACUUUAUCGCGGUUAUUCUAUCUCGUUCUGUUCGGCAGAUGUUGGCAAGUUUUUGUGCAGUACUGUUGAAUUCAAAAGACUGUAUGGAAGUUCAGGGAAAGAAAAAGAAAGUCAUUGUCUUGUGUUCGCGUCCUCCACAGAACGUGAGAUUAUAUAUUUUUACGUCGUUGUCGUGCAGUGACGGCAAAGAAAUGUACAAAAAAGCGUGAUGCACGUGAGAAAUUGUUGUUUUGCUAAUCUACACCUAUUGGUUUUUCACCGUUCUCGUUGCCGUCGUCGUCGUCUUUGCUUAAGCUCCCUGCUGUUUACCAUGCCGCACUUAUAAUCUGUUGACGAAUUCAAGAAGACAGUAGGGAGUUUUAGCGACGACGACGGCGACGGAAGCGAGACCGUCAAAACAGCAAUAGGUUUAUUAAGCAAAACAACAGGUUUGCACGUGCAUCACGCUUUUCUGUACAUUUCUUAGCCGUCACUGCACGACUACGACGCGAAAAUGCCUAUUUUUACGUUUUAUGGAGGACGUAAAUAAGCGACGACGAAAUUUUCUUUCUCUUUCUUAACUUGAAUGCGGUCCCAAAGAAAUCAAAUCUUGAGAAAUUUGUCUACUUUGGACAUUUUCAGCGAAUUGGAAUAAACGCGAAAAAGUUUGAAAAAACGCCAAUUCAUUUGAAAAGUGACGUUUUCGCUGCCGUCGCCGUCGUCGAUGCUGAAAGUCCCUAGUGUCAACAACACACAACACCAAUAAACUACCAGAAGUCGUAACUCGUAUUCACAUGAAAAUAACUAAGAAAAAUUUACACCGUGCAGUUUUGUAUAGUUUGUUCUGCUCUUAACUUUUACCCCACUUUCCUGACGUUAUAUUUCUUUUCAUUUUUCUCCUUUUUAAAUGUAGUUGUAGGGGAACUUGCAGUAAAGGAGGUGGAAUACUCCAAAACAACCAAGAAACUCCUGCUAUGUUUGCAAACUUCCUUGACAAGGUCAGGCUGAAGCAGCAACAAGUAUUAUUCAUUAUUAAGAAUUUCCAUUACCAAUUUAACCGUGCUGGUCGUCGUUUCAACGUUCUGGACGCCGUGACGUCUUGUGUAAACGAUCUAUAAUCUCAAUCAUUUUAUCGCAGCUACCUUUCCUCAGGUCCUGUUGAGUUUCUUCUAUCUCCCUCAUCUCUAUUAAACGAUCUGUUUGUUGGGAGGGACCUCUCUAAUGCUCUAACACACACGUGACAUUUGUGUGUUGGCUUCUAAUUUCUUUUUGGGCACACAAAGAGAUAGGAAAAACCCUUUGAAGUUGAUUCGUCAAGUCUGUUAGAUACGCCUUCUAAUCAACAUCUCUCUUUCAGCCCUGGUUUAUACCCGUAUUAACCUGUCAACCUGUAUUAACCCUUUAAGCCCCAAUAUCCACAUACAAAUUCUCCAGACUGAUCCCCAUACAUUUCCCUAAAGAAUUAGUUUAGAGAAUUUGAUAAAUGAUCGAAGCAUUUCCCUUAGGUGAUCAUUUUAUUAAUUCUCAUAAACUUUUCUUUUGAUAAUGUAUUGAAAUUGUGAGGAGAAAAUUGAUGUUGGUCACUCUUGGGCACGAAGGGUUUUAUAGGAGCUGUGUCCGCACGAAAUUUAUUGAAAUUCAAACAGUGGAAGCUGCUACCAAAUUGAGUGAAACAUAAAAAUAACCGCGCGAAACAUUAAAAGAAGGAAUGAAAAACACAACAAAUACAAAAGGAGGCGCGGAUGGACAAAUUGAAGACGAGUGAAUUGGAUUGGAAUUGUGGUUUUUAAGAGUUAACUUUUGUUGUUUGUAACGUUUGAUAUAAUCUUGGAAUACAUAUUUGGUUGACACGAAGCUGUGAUUUUGUCAUUCACAAGUUAUUUCACAAGUUCCGUGGUGAACAAGGACGCGUCAUGAUUAUUUUUGACAAAAUGAACAAGACAACUAUGACAUAGUCCUGUUAAGGUGAUGUUACACUGGACGAUCCGCAGCGACGAUUUUUAGCUCAACAAAGCGUUGCAACAUUAUUGCUACAUUGUUUCGAAUGGUUACAACAUUGUUCCAACAUUGCAACGCUGUGUUGCACUAAAAAUCGUCUUUGCGAAUCGUCCCGUGUAACAUCACCUUUAAGCGGUCAGUUGGUCUUUUCGCAAGGAUGACCGCUUGAGACAGCUUUGACUGUAGGUUUGACAAGCGGAAUUCAGUGUGCAGGCAAAAGAAGAGUGGUUAAAUGCUGUUUCGUGUGAUCUCCGUUAUCGUUAAUAUUUUGUUGACGUUAAGACUGUUCUUUUAAUCAGGCAGGACUUAGAAAAGCUCUCUCCAGACUUCCAGGCAAUGAUGUCAGCUCACUCGGCUGGGCUUGUCCGUGGUGUAAUUGUAACUCUUAAGGGGAAUAAGUCAAACGGCUGCGUCGACAAUAGUGGAGCAGUUUACGACUUUGUUUCACGAUACUUUGCGCCUUGGGUUGGUAUCCCUGAGGAUCCAGUAACAGGUUAGUGAACUAGAGUUACAGGCCGCCCACGCUAUCUUUUUUAGCCCAGUUUGUUUUAGCAUUGUGAUUAGGAAAGCAACUUUGUCUAGAACAUGUCAAAUGCCUCCUCCCAGUGAGAUGUAAGUCCGCAGACGUAUCUUUUGAGAGAUCGUGUAGUUCCUUUUUAAGACCCAUAAGUAAAGGCCUUACUCCUCUCUGUGAAAAUAAGUGUGGGACAAAGUCUCAUUUCCAAAGAAAACAAAGCCCAAGACUCAAAUUGCUGCCGUUCACGGUAGCGCUUUUCCAAAGCAGGAUUUAUUUAGCGUGGGAUAACGGUGGAUUUAACCUACCGUAAACUGCCGUUUAUAAACACAAGCUCGAGAGUUGUCCAAUACAGUCGACUGAUGGACUCCAUCGGCCGACUUUCCAGCCCUCCCCCAUCCAAAUGACGUGAAUUCAAUGCUUAUUUAAAAACCAGUGAAUGUAAGAGAUGUUUUGAACAGCUUUGCGAAGUCUUGUUUCCAUGCGCUUGUUCUAUUCCGGUUAUAUCCCUCGGAUAUAAGCUCCUCCGUUUAUAAACCCCUUACGAAGAUGUAUAAGCCCACGGCUUGUCAGCGGCAGUUUACGUUAUUUUAGCAUUCGUAGAUGGCUUUUUGCCUAAAUUUUAACUGCUGUCAUACUUGGGCGUUAAUAUGGGAGUUAACGUGCGAUAAUAGUUCUGUAUUUUAUUUAGGGUCUGCGCACACGGUCCUUGCUAGUUAUUGGUCGUCAAGGCUACAAAAGAAUGAUUUAUAUGGUAAGUUAGGCGCCCAUUACAGGGAGCCCAGCCUUCCUUAAAUUCUGUAUCCAGAUCCCCCAUGGCUAUACCCAACACGACAAAAAGGGAAACCUACAGAAACUGUAAGUCAGGUCUGAUGAAGAUGAAGUAUCUGCAAUUUGUCCGCUCGUACAAGUUGUGAAAAGUAUAUUUCCACUCUUGUCAUGUCGACAGUAUUGGACGUGACUGAAGUUUCAUUGAAGUACUGAGGUUGACUGGAGAAACAUUAAGCUCUCCACCUAGGAAGAGAUCUAGAAAUCCAAUAAUUUCUGAAACAGCGGCCUAAGUUAGACUUGUUUUAAAUAAUCGACCCAUACUGUUUAUUUUAUUUUAUUUUUUCCGUUACAGCUCGGCAGUGUUCUCCGCGUGGAGGGGAACUUACUAUUCAGGUGCGCGAAGACGGCAGGGUCGACAUCGCAGGACAAGCGGUGCUCGUUUUACAAGGAAGUUUGUACUUGUGA